GCCCCGGCCGGGCACGAGCGGACGCCCCGCCCUGGCCGCGCACGAGCAGACGCAGCCAUGGCCGAGUCCGAGCGAGAGCUGGUUGCGCGGCGCAUCCGCAGCUUCCCGGACUUCCCCAUCCAGGGCGUGCUGUUCAGGGACAUCGCGCCCGUCCUGAAGGACCCCGACUCCUUCCGCGCCUGCAUCAGCCUCCUGGCCAGUCACCUGAAAAAAACCCACGGCUCCAAGAUCGACUACAUCGCCGGCCUAGACUCCCGAGGCUUCUUGUUUGGCCCCUCCCUGGCCCAGGAGCUUGGUGUGGGCUGCGUGCUCAUCCGAAAGCAAGGGAAGCUGCCAGGUCCCACCGUGUCCGCCUCCUACACACUGGAAUACGGGAAGGCUGAGCUGGAAAUCCAGAAAGAUGCCGUGGAGCCAGGCCAGAAGGUGGUCAUCGUGGAUGAUCUGCUGGCCACUGGUGGAACCAUGCGGGCAGCCUGUGAGCUGCUGGGCCAGCUGGGGGCUGAGGUGCUGGAGUGCGUGAGCCUGGUGGAGCUGACCUCGCUGAAGGGCAGGGAGAGGCUGGGGGCAGUGCCCUUCUUCUCUGUUGUGCAGUAUGAGUGAUCCCACGCCCC